AUGUAUGCCGACGGGAAUGCGACCGACUUUGUCGAGGAGCCAACAGGAUCAUCCGCGGCGGAAACGGAUGAUGAGAGACGAGGUCUCCACGCCCUGAUCCUACCCCUGCUCUUGGUGGUCCUAAUCAUCACGACCAAUGGCCUCAGCCUGGCUGCAUUCGCUGUCGAGAAACGACUCCGCGGCUACAACAACUACUUCAUCAUAAACCUUACAAUCUCGGACUUUCUCUUUGGAUUCCUCCUAAUCGUUACGGCCGUACACAGUUUACUAAGUCGCUCUCCGAUCCCAAAUAACAUUGGGUGCAGGCUGUUCUACUUAAUCUUCUUCGCCAUCCAGAAUGUGUCGAAUCUGAUUGUUAUUGCAAUCUGCAUCGAUAGACACCGAGCAACCUACGAUCCCAUCGGGCACUUCACCACCAGGAGCAAGCGAAAGGCCAUCUACGCCAACACCGCCGUGUGGGUUGUUUCGUUCCUCUUCUGGUUCUCCUUUGCCACGAUUCCCGAUUUCGUCCUGGACUACAACAAUGGUGAAAGUUGCUUCAUAUGGUAUUACCUGAACCCGAUCGCUCACAUUGUACCCGUCUUUACCCGGUUCAUCAUACCUUUUGUGGUGAUAUUGAUUCUCUACGUACGGAUCUUCACCAAGAUUAUGAAGACAUCCGGUAGGAAGCACAUCGACAGGGAGUUUGGUGGUGACCUUAAACAGUCUUCAGGACAGGCCAAAUCAGAUGGUGAUGGUGACAAGAAACAGGGCCCUCAGAGCACAGCUGAGUCUGGUGGUCAGAAGGUAGCCAAGCGUGAAUCAGAAUCGGAGGUUCGCAGCGCCACAAAGACACUCCUCUUCAUCAUCAUCGCCUUCUUCAUCACGUGGUGUCCAGUAUCGAUCGUAUCCGUUAUAUAUUCGAUCGAACCGGCUCUCGUUCCCUCCAGCUGGAUUCAUUUGGUACCGGGGUGGCUGGUCUACGUGAAUGGUCUACUCAAUCCGAUCUGUUACGUCGUCUCGCAACCGCUCUUUCGGAAAACCGUAUUCGGUUUGAUAUGCCACCCGACCCGUUAUUGCCGAGGUUAA